UGAGAUCAUUCUGUCUGUGAGGAUCAAAGUAUUUUCUCAUGGUAAAUGUUAUAUUGUUAUUUCUUCCUAUGUUGGGAUGUUCGAACUGCAAUAAAAUACCAUCAUCUUUAUUUGAGGACUCUGAUUAGAUUAUUAAGCCUUCUGAACAGAUGAUGUUCAGAAACGUGUUUCUGGAUUAUGAUAGAUAAAUCAUUAAGAUAUAGUGAUUCUGCAACAGGUAUCUUCAGGAGUGCCUUGAUGCUAUCAGGGACCGAUGACCUUUUUUGGCGUUUCAUGAAUAAUUUCGAAGUAAGAAAGAUUUUGACUUUACUCUCGUCAUCUUAGUACCGAGGAAUUAGUUUCAGUAGGACUUUUGGCCUGUUAAGUUUUACCUUAUUCUGUAUUUUCGUAAUAUUUCCACCAAACUGCUCCCCCGUGGAGUGGAGCUGUUCUGUCUCGUGAGUGGUAACUGAUUGUGUGGAGUAAAAUUAGAAAUUUAGGUUGUGUAGUCAAUGAGGUUGUAUAUGUCUCCUGAAGGAAAGAGAUUGGAAAAGAUAAGUUCAAUAUCGAUUUGGAGCUUUUUACGUUGGAAAAAAGAGGGUUUUAGAGAUGAACGUGGUGAAUCAGGGGUGUCUCUUUAGUUUGUUGUUGUGUUUGAGUCUGUAGGAGUUGGUUUAGUGUGACCGUAAGGAAUAGCAAGCGGAUGUUGUAUUGCCUUCCUUUUACAUGUGGAAUCAAGUCGUUUGAUCUAUACAGAGGAGUACGGUUAUCUUGUGGAAUUUUGAGUGGAGGAGUGGAGCUAUUCUUUCCUGAUCUCGUCCUAUUAGGCUAUGUAUGAGUGAUUUAUGACAUUCCGUGGUUAUUUGUGAGUAGGUACAGUUUCCUCCAAUUAUCCUACAUUUGAGGGUAAAUUUAAGAGAGGGUUUGAUGGGGAUUAAUAUACGCUUCUCGUGAUGCUUUAUCCUUCAUGUUGUGUAGUCUGAGGUUUCCUUACUGUCUUGGGCUUCCUGUAGGUAUAGAAUGUAUAAUGUAGAUUUUAUUCUCUUUGGCACUCUGCUGUGGAUAAGCAGAAGACAAAAUUCAGUUUCUUUCGGGUGGGUUAGGGGUAAAAUGACUUUUUUGCAUUAUUGAUCUUCUGGGAUCCUCUGCAUUAUAUGCUGCUUUAGAGUCCAUACAGGUGAGAAGCUAAUGAUGUACUUCCAUAGGAUAUGGAGUAGAGAAGAAGAUCAUGUAAGCGAGUUGUUCUGCUGAGACCUAAGAGGGAGGCUUGCAUUCUGAGAAGUGGUGUCAAGGAGCAUCACCUAGUUGGGAAAAUUCCUUUGGGUUUUUCCUUUGGAACCGAGGGCGGUUCUUGGAGUGUGCACACAGCUCCAGAGUUAGGGCGCCUCAAAUAUAUUGCAUGGAGAAAUCGGUGAAUAUGGUGCUCUACAAUCUCUAUUGGAGGUGGAGGCGAUCCCGUGCACUGGUUCUUUCUCUUCCAGGUUUUAGGUUGUGCAUUUACAGGUGCUUGUCAUAGAAGUUAAUACUGUGCCUGGAAUGAUGCCUUCCAUGUCUUAGUUCAUCAGGCCUUAGCACAGCAGCCUCCCAUGUAUCCUCAUCAAUUUUCCGCAGAUUACCGGAUUUGGCAUCAGAGAGGUCUAUGUAAAAGUUAUAGUAACUACCUCAUAAAGAUCUUUUGGCAAUUAAAUUCAUUUCUAAACUUACUUGCUCCAUGUAUUUCCUUUCUUGUGCUCGACUUGAAUGAUUUGCUUGAACAAAAUAUCUCCAUUUUACAUUCGGAAUCAACCAGUAGAGCAUAAGGUUCAGGUUGAUUUGCUGUUAUUAAAGAAAACAGGAUUCUGGUACUGAAAUGUAUGAGAACAAGUAUUCAGGACUGAAAUCUGUGAAAUGGGUUGGUCUGAUAUAUCUAUGUAGCAUUAGAUUUUGCUAACAAUAAAAUUUAGGAAAGCUCCAAAUACACUACACUCAUGCCGUGAACAAUAUUUGAUGAAUUUGAACAGCAGUCAGCAGGUAAUAGUCUAGUAGGAUUGACAUCACUUUCGAUUUCAGAAAUUCAGGGAUCGAGUUUCACCUCUUACAAGGAGAAAUCUCCAAUUUCCUCCAUUCCUGGUGAGGUGUUCUUUAUGUACAAUGAUAUUCUCUGGUAUCAAGUGCUGCAAACAACACUAGUUUCUGGUAAUUCAAGAAACUCUUGCUUACCUGGGUUGUAAAGUUAAGUUCUUGAAUCUUGGUUCUUUAUUAUGGCUGAUUGAAAGAGAAGUAGGAUAAAAGGAGAUUUUAGUGAACUUGUUGUUUUCCUUGAAUUAUAAAUGGUGUCAAGUGGAAUUGGAGAAGAAAUUGGGUCAAAUGGGAGUAAUGUUAAGAACCAUGUGGUUGUGCAAGUUUCAGUAUCUAGAAAGGGACUAUUAAGUGAUGAAAAAUCUCCAAGAGGGUUCCCUGAACAACCUACAAGUCUUUCUAGCCGAUUGAAGUUGCUAAAAGUAAGCCCGCGAGGCAAACUGAACUCUCCCUCAGCUGGGUUUCAUAGGAUUGCUGAGGACAAGGAUGAGCUCUCAAAUAGUUCUUCUCCGCCUCGUGUCAUGGAAAGCUUUCGAAAACGUGUCAAAGAUGUGAUGUCUAAGAAAAUCGACUGGCCUUCUGUGAUGCGAAUGUGCAAAGAGUGGGUUAGGAAACCAUUGAAUAUGGCCCUUCUAUUGUGGGUAGUUUGUGUUGCGGUAUCAGGUGCAAUUCUAUUUCUUGUGAUGACAGGAAUGCUAAAUAAACUUCUUCCUAAGAAGUCACAAAGGGAUGAAUGGUUUGAGGUUAAUAACCAGAUCAUCAACGCCCUUUUCACCUUAAUGUGUCUUUACCAACAUCCAAAGCGUAUCUACCAUUUGGUGCUUUUGUGUCGGUGGAAGCCAAAAGACAUUUCAAAACUAAAGAAGGUAUACUGCAAGAAUGAGGCAGCGAAACCCAAUGAACGGGCACACUUGAUGGUUGUGAUUCUUUUGUUCAAUAUAAACUGCUUUGCUCAAUAUGGUUUAUGUGGCCUUAAUUUGGGUUUUAAAAGAUCAGAGCGACCAAUUGUUGGAGUUGGUGUUUGCCUGUUAGUUGCUAUUGCUGCUCCUGCAGUCGCAGGAUUAUACUGUGUUCUUAGUCCUCUAGGAAAGGACUAUGAAUGCUAUAGCGAUGAGGAAGCACCAAAUCCAUUGAAGAGACAAUCAUUGGAGAAAAGGUAUGCAUUUGCAGCCCGAGAUGAAAAAGGGAUUGUUGAGAACAAACCCGAGUGGAGAGGAGGCUUGUUUAGCUUAUGGGAAGAUUUUAGUGUGGCAUAUCUCUCAAUCUUCUGCUGCUUUUGUGCAUUUGGUCGGAAUAUGGAAAGGCUUGGUUUUGGGAAUAUGUACGUACACAUAGCAACAUUUCUCCUUUUCUGUAUGGCCCCCUUUUGGAUCUUCAGCUUGGCUGCUGUCAACAUUGAUAAUGAUGCUAUAAGAGAGAUUUUGGGCAUUACUGGUAUAGCACUUUGUGUGUUUGGUUUGUUAUACGGGGGUUUUUGGCGGAUUCAAAUGAGACAACGAUAUAACUUGCCACCAAAUAAUGUGUGUUUUGGGAAACCGAAUGUGGCAGAUUGUUUUCAGUGGCUGUUUUGCUGUUGGUGCUCCUUGGCACAGGAAAUCCGAACUGGAGAUUAUUAUGAGACUGUGGAAGACAGAUUUUACAGGAAGAAUGAAUAUGACAUGCAUACUCCUCUUACACCGUUACCUCGUGAAAGUACUACUGCUUCCCAAUCUAUGUCUGAUCUGAACGCUUCAUUGUGGUUAAAUUCUAGUUCAUCGAAGAUUAAACCUUCAGUAUUCGUGGAUGAAACAAUGAAGCCACCAAACCCAGGAACAAUGAGUAUGUGAGCUGACAAUCUUAGGGAAAUUUGAAGUAAGAUAGAACUGGAUCUGUGAUUCGCAUUUUUGAUAUCAUGAAGAGGUGAUAAACUAACUUCUGCAAUUCAUCCAUACUAUUGAUGUUUCUGUAAUGCACAGUUUUUGUUGCCUGCAGUGGAACUUCAUCUCUAAUGCAAGUAUCUUGAUUGUUAUAUAAAGUUCAAUAUAUUAGUCUAA